CGGCCCUCGGGGGGGCGAAGGUGAAGACCGGCUCCUAGGAUGAGUGAAGGUGCGGCCGCUGCCUCGCCACCUGGAGCCGCUUCGGCAGCCGCCGCCUCGGCCGAGGAGGGCACCGCGGCGGCUGCGGCGGCGGCAGCGGCGGGCGGGGGCCCGGACGGCGGCGGCGAAGGGGCGGCCGAGCCCCCCCGGGAGUUACGCUGUAGCGACUGCAUCGUGUGGAACCGGCAGCAGACGUGGCUGUGCGUGGUGCCUCUGUUCAUCGGCUUCAUCGGCCUGGGGCUCAGCCUCAUGCUCCUCAAAUGGAUCGUGGUGGGCUCCGUCAAGGAAUACGUGCCCACCGACCUGGUGGACUCCAAGGGGAUGGGCCAGGACCCCUUCUUCCUCUCCAAGCCCAGCUCGUUCCCCAAGGCCAUGGAGACCACCACCACGACCACUUCCACUGCGUCCCCCGCCACCCCCUCCGCCGGCGGCGCCGCCUCUUCCAGGACGCCCAACCGGAUUAGCACCCGCCUGACGACCAUCACGCGGGCGCCCACUCGCUUUCCCGGACACCGGGUGCCCAUCCGGGCCAGCCCGCGCUCCACCACCGCACGAAACACUGCGGCCCCCCCGACGGUCCUGUCCACCACGGCCCCCUUCUUCAGUAGCAGCACGCCGGGCUCCCGACCCCCGGUGCCAGGAACCCCCAGCACCCAGGCAAUGCCCUCCUGGCCCACUGCGGCAUACGCUACCUCCUCCUACCUUCAUGAUUCCACUCCGUCCUGGACCCUGUCUCCCUUUCAGGAUGCGGCCACCCCCUCCUCCUCCUCCUCCUCCUCCUCCUCGUCUUCCUCCUCCUCUGCCAUCACCGCGCCAGAAACGAGCACCAGCCCCAAAUUUCAUACAACGACAUAUUCCACUGAGCGUUCUGAGCACUUCAAACCCUGCCGAGACAAGGACCUCGCAUACUGUCUCAAUGAUGGCGAGUGCUUUGUGAUCGAAACCCUGACGGGAUCCCAUAAACAUUGUCGGUGCAAAGAAGGCUACCAGGGAGUCCGUUGUGAUCAAUUUCUGCCGAAAACUGAUUCCAUCUUAUCGGAUCCAACAGACCACUUGGGGAUUGAAUUCAUGGAGAGUGAAGAAGUUUAUCAAAGGCAGGUGCUGUCAAUUUCAUGUAUCAUCUUUGGAAUUGUCAUCGUGGGCAUGUUCUGUGCAGCAUUCUACUUCAAAAGCAAGAAACAAGCUAAACAAAUUCAAGAGCAGCUGAAAGAACCACAAAAUGGUAAAAACUACAGUCUCAAAGCAUCCAGCACAAUGGCAAAGUCAGAGAACGUGGUGAAGAAUCAUGUCCAGCUGCAGAGUUAUUCAAAGGCGGAAAGGCAUCCAGUGACUGCAUUGGAGAAAAUGAUGGAGUCAAGUUUUGCCGGCCCCCAGUCAUUCCCAGAGGUCCCUUCUCCUGACAGAGGAAGCCAAUCUGUCAAACACCACAGGUACAGCAGGAGUCUCUCCUCUUGCUGCAGCCCAGGGCAAAGGAGUGGUAUGCUCCAUAGGAAUGCCUUCAGGAGGACACCCCCCUCGCCCCGAAGUAGGCUGGGUGGCAUCGUGGGACCAGCAUAUCAGCAACUUGAGGAAUCAAGGAUCCCGGACCAGGAUAUGAUACCUUGUCAAGGGAUAGAGGUCAGGAAGACUAUACCCCACCUGCCUAUACAGCUGUGGUGUGUUGAAAGAUCCCUGGACUUCAAGUAUUCGUCCAAUGGUUUAAAAACCCAACAAAAUGCAUCCAUAAAUAUGCAACUGCCUUCAAGAGAGACAAAUUCCUAUUUUAAUAGCUUGGAUCAAAAGGACCUGAUGGGAUAUUCAUCUACAAGGGCCAGUUCCGUGCCCAUCAUCCCUUCAGUGGGUCUAGAGGAAACCUGCAUGCAAAUGCCAGGGAUUUCUGAAGUCAAAAGCAUCAAAUGGUGCAAAAACUCCUACUCUGCUGAUAUUGUCAAUGUGAGUAUUCCAGUCAGCGAUUGUCUUAUAGCAGAACAGCAAGAAGUGAAAAUAUUGCUAGAAACUGUCCAGGAGCAGAUCCGAAUUCUGACUGAUGCCAGGCGGUCAGAAGACUACGAACUGGCCAGCGUAGAAACCGAGGACAGUGCAAGUGAAAACACAGCCUUUCUCCCCCUGAGUCCCACGGCCAAAUCAGAAAGAGAGGCACAAUUUGUCUUAAGAAAUGAAAUACAAAGAGACUCCGCAUUGACCAAGUGACUUGAGAUGGAGGAAUCUGUGCAUUCUAUGCUUUGCUCAACAGGAAAGAGAGGAAAUUAAAUACAAAUUAUUUAUAUGCAUUAAUUUAAGAGCAUCUACUUAGAAGAAACCAAAUAGUCUAUCGCCCUCAUAUCAUACUGUUUUUUAACAAAAUAUUUUUUUAAAGGGAAAGAAACGUUUCAGGAGGGAUAAAGCUUACAACGAAAGCUUUUGGGUAGAAUUCUGAAUACAAUUUCAGUUAGUCCCAACACCGGCCUCGUUGGCUCUUAGUAGAUGUGGGUAAUUCAGACCCUUAGCCCCACAGCACCAGUGUCCUCAUAAAAAAGCAUUGGCAGUUACCUGGUUUCAAAGAGAUGAGCUGUAUCCUGAGGGCGGACGUGCCAGUGAGCAAGUGGCCCUUGCCAUUUGCCUUGCCAGUCCCAACCCCUAAAUUUCUAUUCACUCGACAGCCUCAUCACAGGUUAUGUCCUGUCAACAAAUGUAGUGUUUUCUAUUUCAUUUUUGAAGAAUGGCACAAAAACUCUGUAAGGGGGAGGGUAGGAGAUAGAAGGACUAAUUGGGGGACAAUCUUCGCUACUCUUAUGUGCCAGCUUCCUCUGAAAUUUGAAGGCACAGAAUCUCAGAGGGAGGUGUGAAAUUAUUAUAGACAAAGAGACGAGAAAAAUCACAAUGUCGUGUCACUAAAAUCAUGCUAAUAGAAAGAAGUGUUUUUCUUUGAGAUUGUUUAGGGGCUCCAAAGGAGCAUUUCUCAGUGUGUGCGUGCCCUUUGUGCGUGUGUGUGUGUGUGUGUGUGUCUGUGUGUGUGCGUGCACGUGCGCACAGGCGUGUGUCUGUAUGUGCUUGCUCACUUGAGCACAGGUAUGCUGUAUGCACAUGUGUUCAUUGUGUGUAUGUGUGUGCAUGUGUGUGCAUAUUAAGCUUGCUAAAAUUUGUUCUGAAACAUCAGGGAAUUUAAUAUUCAGAAAAGAAAUUUCCCUCUCAGAUCUGUUCACUUUGAAUUUAUACAUUAAGUGUAAAAUUCAGUUAGUAAGUUCUUAAAUCAAGGUCACUUGCAUGGCGGGGUCCUUUAAAACUCUUGACAAUGUCAAGAUCAUUUUCUGGUGUGAAUACUUUUGAGAGGAACAACUAUUGGCUCAUUAAUGGUAUCAGUAUCACAAGGCAAGUUGAGGAUGUGUGUUUAUUUUGAAUCAUGCGUACUUAAAUUAUUUACACAAGCCAAUUAUCAAACUGAAAGUUACCCUUUGCUUUCUCAUCAUCCUCAUUAUUAUUUAUUUUGUAGCAAGUCUACUAUUUGUGGACCAAGACAUUGGCUUCUGUGGUUAAUAUGGAAAGAAUAAAUUGUUGAAAUCACAAAGCCCAGACUUUUCAGUUCACAGGAAGCCCCCAAAAGAACAGUAAAUUGUGUUGUAUGUUCAUUUGGAAUAAAGCAAUAUUUUUACCACUGCUGAGGUGAACUGAAACUUCUCCUGAAGAUUCGUCUGUUUUAUUUACCCUUAUUUUCAUGGGGCAUUCAAGGAAAUUAGUGUUCACCUAACCAGUCUUUUCCAAUUAUUGGUGGUGUUGAGUUGUUAUGUUUACACUGUUUUAAAUAAAAAGGCACAGUAUUUGAAAGUA